AUGUUUUUAGGUGACAUCAGUGAUAAAGGGAAGAUUAAAGACUGUGCUGCUGACUGUGCAGAUGGAUCCAUGAACCUCGGCAUUGUAAAGAGUUCUGUUGCGUGCUGUAACACAGACCGGUGUAACCUCUUAGAUGCUCCAGAUCCCUCUAAUGUCCCCAAUGGAAAGAAAUGUUACUAUUGUGAUGGACACAGCUGCUCUAACAUAUUGAGCUGUUCAGGGACUGAAGACCGCUGCUUAACAGCAACAGAGACUGCUGGAGGCCUGACAGCAGUUGUAAAAGGCUGUGUCUCUAAAUCUAUUUGUGAGGCUGGAAGAUCAGUUAGAAAUGUUCAGAGUGCCUCAUGCUGUAAGGGGAACCUGUGUAACGGUGCUAAGAGCAUCACUCAGAGCUUCCUGUUCCUCUGCUGUUCUCUGCUCUCCUUCAUCCUGCUGCACUGAAUCCAGCAGCUUUUCUUAUUACUGAAUUUACUGAAUCAGCACUGUGCUGUCUUAAGUGAUUGCACUGUAUUUUAUGUACAAUCAUUUUUAUUGUUAACUAUUUUAAUUCAUUUUAAAUAAAAAAUUUAAAUGUUCUUAAAUUCCUUGUUUGUAUUGUUGUGAUUUUUUCAUGAUUAUUUUAAUUCAUUUUAUGUACAGCACUUUGAAUUACCAUUGUGCAUGAAAUGUGCUUUAUAAACAAACUUGCCUUUCUGUAAAGAAAACCAAAACAUAUACAGCAAUAUUCCUAAUAAAUGAUUAAUUCAU